UUUUGCCUUCUGCACAACUCUACGCGGCUUGUUCUAUUCUUGAACUGUACUGAAUAAGCUUGAAGGAUAGCUUCAGGUUGAUUUGCAGAAGACGGGAAGAGUCACUCCUGGAGUUCUUUAUUAUCAAGAUUGUAAGAAGUGCCAUUGUUCUUAUAUUUGGGAAAUGGCUUUUAUCAAGAGUCCCUCUUCAAGAAGUGGGGAUUAUUUGGAAGGGAUGCUAAGUGACAUUGUUGGGGGAAAGGUCAAGGUGAAAGCACAAAAGAGUGCCUCAGCCAGACUUGUCACAGUGCUCACUUGUCUUCAAUUCGGCUUUGCAGUUUACGCGACAUUCCUUUUGUAUUACAUGAGCCCAAGUAUCGAUCUAAGAACAAAACCAGACUUUUCAUGGGCUACAAGAAUAGCGCAUCAAUGGAAGGAAUUCAUUAUCCCAGCACACGUAGUGAGACGAUACCAAGAAUCCUCUUCGAUCAUCCAAGCUGAGAUUCCUCCCCUUGCUAGGUUCAAUCCAGCUGAAGUUUGUGAGCAGGAGAAGAUAGAUUUCCAGCAGAAGAAGUCUAAUGAUGCUGUGAUGAUCAAAUUCAAGAGGGAGCUCUAUGAUGAGGUGCUGCAGUUCCAGAACAAGUCCUUUGGCACUGAGACCCUUUCUGAGCUCAUGGCAAUGAAGUCUAAGUGGGAUUUGAGAGGCCAGAACAAACCAAAAGUUACCGUGAUUCUGAACCAUUUCAAGAGAAAAACGUUGUGUGCACAGCUUGACUCUUUGCUUCACCAGACCCUCCCUUUCCAUCAUGUUUGGGUGCUUUCGUUUGGCAGCCCAAAUGAGCUCUCCCUCAAGAGGAUUGUGGACAGCUACAACGACUCGAGAAUAAGUUUCAUUAGCUCAAGCUACGACUUCAAGUACUACGGAAGGUUCCAAAUGGCCUUGCAAACAGAGGCCGAUCUUGUGUAUAUCCUCGAUGAUGAUAUGAUACCAGGGAGGAAGAUGUUACAGAUUUUGUCACACGUAGCCGGGACGGACAAGUACAAGAACUCUGUUUUGGGCAGCAUAGGAAGGAUUCUGCCUUUCAGACAGAAGGAUUUCACAUUCCCGAGCUAUAGAAAAUUUCGAUCAAAAGAGGCAGGGCUCUAUUUGCCUGAUCCUGCCUACGACAUCACUGUCGAUAGGAUUGUGCAGGUGGAUUUUCUUUCUAGCUCAUGGUUUCUAUCUGCAGAGAUUGUCAAGACACUUUUCCUUGAGACGCCCUUCACAUUCAUGACUGGUGAAGAUCUGCACCUAAGCUAUCAGCUUCAGAAAUACAGAAAUGCCGGCUCAUUUGCUCUACCUGUUGAUCCUAAGGACAAAGAAACCUGGGGAGAUAGCGAACACCGGCUUGCUUAUGUGUCUGAAACAACUGUAAUCUUCAAAGACAUUGUUCAAGUCCGGGAUGACCAAUGGUGGAAAGCCCUCUCCUCAGGCUAUGUCACGCAGUGGGCUGCAAUGUAUCCUCAAAAAAUAGAUGCACUCUUCUACGCCCACUCUAUUGAAGAAGUCAAAGCUCUCAGCCCCCUCCUCGACAAGUUCAGGUCCACGGUUGGCAAGAAGGCCUAUAUUGCCGUCUCUGGAGGCCAUUUCUGCCCUUGUGAAGACGCUGCCACAGCCUUGAACUGGCCAAAGGCAGUCUGCAAAGAGAGAAGGUUCAAGAUAUUCGACAUGGGAGUGGGUGCUCUUUCAGGAAUCUCGGAUUCUGAGGUGCCCGUGGUUCAAGCUGUGUACUCCAGCAUGAAAGGGCUGAUCAAAAUCCACAAUCCAAGUGUCGUUGUCGCUGUUUCCGAUAUCGAUCCUCACGUGAAGAAAGCUUUGAAGACGGCAUUAGAGGCAGCUUCAAACAGCUCAACCCUGGUUCUUCUGCCAAUCCCUUCUGUGCCAAAGGUUCUUUGGAUGGCUGAUCUCCGGUCCACAGCAUUGCCAAACUGGAACAGAAUGAGGAUAUCCAUCAACAUAAUCACCCAAAACCGCGCGCAUUCAUUGACAAGGCUUCUCAAUUCCCUUAGCAAUGCGUACUAUCUCGGGGAUGAAGUCCCCAUCACCUUCAACAUCGACAGCAAGGUCGAUGAGGCAACCAUAAAACUCGUUAGCUCGUUCAAUUGGGCUCACGGCCCCAAAACCCUGAGGCGACGAAUCAUCCAGGGAGGCUUAAUUCGUGCCGUCAGCGAGAGUUGGUACCCUUCAUCCGACGAUGACUAUGGCCUUCUCCUAGAAGAUGACAUUGAAGUCUCCCCUUACUACUACCUCUGGAUCAAAUAUGCCCUCUUAGCCUACCACUAUGAUCCCCAAGUCUCCCUCCCCGAGCUCGCCUCCAUCGCCCUCUACACGCCCCGUUUGGUGGAGGUGGUGAAGGAGAGGCCUAAAUGGAACCCCACGGAGUUCUUCAAACUCAUCCAUCCAAACACGCCUUAUCUCCACCAGCUGCCCUGCAGCUGGGGAGCAGUCUUCUUCCCCAAGCAAUGGAGAGAAUUCUACGUCUACAUGAACAUGAGAUUCACCGAAGAUGCCAAGCAGAAUCCAGUCCAAAUCCCUAAGUCCAGAACAAACGGAUGGCAGGCUUCCUGGAAGAAAUUCUUGAUCGAUAUGAUGUAUCUCAGAGGCUAUGUCAGUCUGUAUCCGAAUUUCCCCAAUCAGGCGAGCUUUUCGACCAAUCACAUGGAGCCAGGGGCUCACAUCGCUGCUAAAGACAAUGUCCUGAAUCACAACAAGUCCGAUUUCGAGGUGCCGCUGCUGAAGGAAGAUUUCAGGGCUUUGUUGCCCGGCGGGAAGCUGCCCCCGGCUUCAAAACUGCCGUCGCUGAACCUGUUCAACCAGGCGGUGUCCCUGAAGGGGCUCAAGGCUGCCGGAGCGAAGCUAGGGCAGGACGUGAUCGGAUGCAGCCCUUCGGAGGUGGUGGCGGUGGAUCACGAGACUGGUUUGCCUUCUCGUUGCGCUCGAUUCUGAUCACUUGAGUUUGGGUUUCUUGUUGAUUGAUGAUCAUUCUUUUGAUUCUCCUGGAACAUUUGUUGAUGCAAUUCCGAUUUCUACGAAUUCAACGUUGUGUGGAUGAGGCUUGGAUGGAGUCGCUGGCCUGGCCUCUGUAUUUGUAUAGAUUCUUCAUCUAAUUGAUGAGGAAUGAGUACUACAUUUACAUUACAUUGUUAAUGAAAUGCAGCCAAAUUUGACACUCUCUACUCCAUUCAUUAUCUCUUAUUAUGAUAGCAAUCCAUCGGGUUUCAACCCAGAAUCCUCUUUCUUUCAAUCAAUUUUUUUUUUUUUAAAAAAAAAUUCUCAAUAAUA